AUGUCUGAACUUAUUGCUGCUCCAACCUUUUACGGUUUCCUUGUGGCAGCAUGGCUGGAUGACCUUGGAUUGACGGCGUACACCGCCGCAUUCGAUGCAGCGGCAGUAGAUUUGUUGGUCCUCAAUCAUCUCACCAUCGAUGAUUUGAUUACGUUGAAAAUGACAAGCGAACUGCACUUCCUCAGUCUCCGUCGAGGAUUGCAAAUGCUACGUCGGAUGAAGUAUGACAUCUCUCAUAUCUGCCGCGGCCCCGGAAGUGUCGAAGAGGUCAUCUGGUCCAGUGUAAACGGAGGAAAACAGGAACAUGACACUCAAAAAGAGACCAAUACAAAGUGCGAUGCGCUUAACGUUGAUACUGCUAAGGAAACUCAUUCUAAUAGUUCAUUGGUUGUUGAGGCAGCCGGAGACACAUCAAACACGCCCGCCAGAUCCAAUUCACGAAGCAGCCUUGUGCGUAGUAAACGCUUCCCGUUACAUGUGUGCUAUUGGUCUCAGUAUAGAGUCAUGGCUUGGCUUCACCAGAUUGAGUUACCCGAAUAUGCACCAGAAUUAUGUGGAAGUGGUGUUCACGGUGCCUUGAUGGUACUUGAAGAUCGUUUUACCCCCGAUUUGUUGGCUAGCAUUUUACACAUUCCAUCCACCAAGACACUGGUUCGACGCCACUUGGCCAAUAAGUUCAUGGAACUGGUAGGUGAGCACAUUUGGGACAGAAAGCAGGCAUUAAGCAUAACAGCCAAAGGACACUUUCCUGUUGGGGUAACCAAUAUUAAGGUGGACUCUGAAUUGCAUUACAUUAAGUUGUUGAGACUUCUUCCUCCAGAUCACCUCGAAAUUCAUCAAAUCAACAAUAUAGUCGGAAAACCUCAGCCUUGGAUUUUGUUAUCUUUGCGCUAUUCAUCAGUGUUGGAAAUCUACUGA